AUGUCUUCUUCCUCUGUGCCAGCGGCUGCCGUGGCGACGUCGACCCGCCUCAUCCUGGUGCACGGCACGGGCCACGGCGGGUGGUGCUGGUACAAGGUCGCCACCCUGCUCCGUGCCGCGGGGCACCGCGUGGACGCGCCGGACCUCGUGGCGUGCGGCGCCGACGCGCGCCGGCUGCGCGACGCGCCCACCUUUGAGGACUACACGCGCCCCCUGCUCGACGCGCUCCGGGACCUCCCGGACGGCGAGCGGGCGGUGCUCGUGGGCCACAGCUUCGGCGGGAUGAGCGUCGCGCUCGCGGCCGAGGAAUUCCCCGACAAGGUCGCCGCCGCCGUGUUCCUCACCGCCUUCAUGCCCGACUGCGACGGCCCGCGCACCCGCGUCAUCGAGAAGGUCCCCGUGUCCGACUGGAUGGACAGCGUGGUCGACGAGGAGCACGUCCCGCCGUCGGUGUUCCUCGGGCCCGACUUCGUGCGCCGGAAGCUCUACCAGCUGACCUCCGAAGAGGACUACACGCUGUGCCAGAGCCUCGCGCGGGUGAGCUCCUACUACGUGGCCGACCAGCAGCAACGGCCGCCGUUCAGCGCUGCCCGAUACGGCGCGGUGACCAAGGUCUAUGUGAUUGCCAAGCAGGACCAGGCCAUGGUCGAGGAGUACCAGAGGCAGAUGAUCGCAGGCAUCCCCGUGGCUGAGGUGAGGGAGAUGGCUGACGCCGACCACAUGGCCAUGCUCUCCGCGCCGGAGGAACUUGCGGGCCACCUCGCCGACAUCGCCAACAACUACACUUGA